ACCCCCCUCUUCCUACAAAAAUUGGCAAUUUGUGUGCAUUGGCAGCACUGAUCACUAUACAGAUCAGUGAUUGGCAGCCUCUGGUAGUAGCGUUGGUAGUAGCUGUUGUAACGCUUGUGUAGUUUUUUAACGUAUGAUCUUUACAAUGUAAGCUCAUAACUUUCUUGGCAUUUUGUGCUGGGAUGUUCAUAACGUCGUGAUUAUUCAAAAGUGGGCUGAUACUCAGCUCAAUAACAAACUUGAUAUGUGAAGUAAAUUUCAAAAUUCUAAUGGCAGUUAGUGGAUUCAUGAGGCACCGUGCUAUCUCCGCUAGUAGCGAUGAUGAGAUAGAAGGGUUAAAUGAAAAAUUGCUGAAAUCACUUUCAAAAUUCAAGUUUCCACCACCUCCUAACGUCAAUUCUGUUCACACAACUCAAUCACUGUCUGGUACAAACUCUGACAAUGACACGGAUGCGCUGUCAGAACGAGGAGGCUCUAUCACUCCGCCUUUGGCCAGACAUUUUGGAUUUGAGCACUCCUACCUCCAACACGGUAGUCCUGUUAACCCUCAAACACUACCGAGGUAUUUACCACCAAUUGGCGUAUUCUGGGACAUCGAGAAUUGCCAGGUUCCAAAAGGCAGAUCUGCUGUUGUCGUUACACAAGUCAUCAGAGAUACAUUCUUCAAUGGUUAUAGGGAAGCAGAAUUUAUAGUAGUAUGUGAUGUUAAAAAAGAAAAUAAUCAGGUGGUGCAGGAGCUCAAUGAUGCCCAGGUAAAUUUAAUACAUGUUGCAUCAACAUGCAAGAAUGCUGCUGACGAAAAACUUCGGCAAUCCAUCAGGAGAUUUGCUGAUAUUCAUGGUAGUCCUGCAGCCAUCAUACUUAUAUCUGGCGACAUUAAUUUUGCUGUUGAUUUAAGUGACCUGCGGCACAGAAAAAAAAUACACGUCAUACUUUUGCAUAAGGCAAAUACAUCUGAGGCUCUAAUAUUAUGUGCCAAUGAGCACUAUGAUUUUAUCGAGCUUAUGGAACCCUUACCUACUAGAACAGCAUCAAAGCUUCCUGAGACCUAUGAUCUUCUAGUCAAUAAUCUACCUAAAGAAAAGGAUGUGGUAGCUAUCAAGCGUCGUUUGAAGCAAUUGUCCGACAACUGUGGUGGAAAAGUUAUGAAAAUCCAAUCAAAUGUUGCUACUGUACGGUUCAAUUCAGCCGAUUCUUCUAUCAGAGCACAGAAACGUAUGGAUGGUGAAGACGUAUUCGGCUCAAAAAUUCUGGUCAGAUUCUCUGAGGAGCGUGAGGACCACACAACUAAAUCGCAAGCGAUUGGCAUUAGUCAAGAGGAUACGAGUGAAUCAGAAUCACUGAUUGGAACUCCAGGAAAAAUGUAUACUGCCGGUAGCACACUUGGAGGUGCUCGCAGUCUUCCUGUUACUCCGCAUUAUCAUUCAUCGUCACCUGUGAUCGGAGGUUAUUCACCAUGGGGUGGAAUGCAUUGUUCCUCAAUUAAUAUUCCUCCAGGAUUAGUUCAGCAGGCGCCUGUGUUUCGUAGAAAUUUUCAAAGCAAUGGAGAUGGUGGUUUUAAUCGAUCUCUAAGUGAACUACCACGUUCCCAGUCUCCAUUUGUUUGGCAACAAAUCCCUAACUCUCAGCGGCUUGGACAUCACUUAGACGAACAGUAUAAAGCCGAGGAACUGAAGAUUCUAGGAAAACGUACUUCGAUCUCGCAGGCUCGAGAUUCAAGUACAUCAGCCAAUGGUGAAUCAGUUGCGCGUACUCCUGAUGGAUAUAGACGUAUUAGAGGUACACACAGCUAUUCAUAUCCACCUGAAUGGAAAUCUGGCCGCCAAACAUUUCAUCCACCUACUUCAAGCUACAAUGGAAAUGGAUAUUUACAGUCCAACUGCUCAAAACGGCGCAGCCCGUCGCCAAUGAUUACAACAUAUCCUCGAGAACUUGGUUAUUGGAAUGGGCAGGGAGGACAGCCAAGAAAUGGCAGAACUCCGUCUCCCUAUGAUGGUUCUAUGAUGCUAUCUGGAAACCAACAUGAACAAUCGCGUAUGUCUCCUUAUCUUCAAGCCGAUCCAGAAAGUGAAGAAGUUGAAAAUUUUUUUAAUCCAAUAAACAAUCGAAAUCUGAACGCGUCAAACGGGGCCUAUACUCCCAUUGAACUUCAAGUCACUAAUCUCGAUCAAAACAUUGAACCUAAGGAAAUGAAACGCAUUUUAUCCUCUGUCUUCAUGGAGCAUGUAAUGGUCUUGCACGUGUCUGUUUUUAUGCAAUCAGAUGGCAACUUAGCAGCAAGUGUGAAAGUUCCAUCACUACAAGAUGCACAGUAUGCUAUUUCUCAACUUCAUCGUCGUAAAAUUGGUUUCAAAAGGAUAUUGAUUUCAUACGCUCAUAGCGGUGGGCCUAAUCCUCAGCUGGUACGAUCGCAGAUAGUAAUGUUGCUGCAAGAAGUUCCUGGGCACAAAUUACCUCUCUUUAAAUUUCGCGAGAUGUAUGAAAGUCGAUUUGUAAUAUCAAUCAGUGUUUCCGAAUUAUACAAAAUGAAAGACGUGUGUAUAGUGACUGAAGACUCUGGAGGAAGGAUGGUUUCCCUUAACCCUGAUCACAGAAAUACACCAUCACCAUGUUUCAGCAGUUCAGCACCGGAAGGAGGACAAAUAGAGCUGCCAUAUUGUACUAUGCAUAUCAAAAAGCCAUGGUCGGAUAGGGGGUGGGCAGAACAAGAGAUGCUUUCACUGCCAAAUGUUAAAAUAACACUAAAAAUACUUAGUGUUCGCAUACAUCAGCUGUUGAAAACGCACAACGGAACCCUACCUUUACUCAGUCUUCCAACCUGUUACGAGGCUGAGUUUGCUGAGAAACUUGAGGUAGAUGGAGAGGGAGUUCCUCUUGAGCAUUUGGUGUCCUGCUUGAAUUCUGUCGAACUGAAACAGGGUCCUGGAAGUGUCAAGUAUCUUGCUUGGGUCGGUGCAAAUAGCAAUGAUGAUAGCCGUGAAGACAACAAAUGCGUGAGUCCACCAUUGGCGAAUCAACUUGCCUUGUUCAGUCGGGAAUUGGUUGAUUUGCUGAAAACCGCCCCUCACUGUCAGUUGCCGUUUAAUCGUUUCAUACCAGCCUAUCAUCAUCAUUUUGGGAGGCAAUGCCGAGUUGCAGAUUAUGGUUUUACCAAAUUGAUCGAUCUUUUGGAAGCUCUAACGCAUACUGUUCAGGUAAUGGGAGAUGGAAAUAAAAGAGUUGUGACUCUAUCCCAUCGAGCCCAAGUCCGUAGGUUUACAUCAGAUCUACUCCGAGUUCUUAAAGCUCAAGCGAGUAAACAAGUCGUGCUUUCUGAAUUUCCCUGCGUCUACUCUAGAGUGAUAGCCAAGCCCUGGGAUGUCAUUGAUUAUGGAGUUUGUGCAAUCGAGGAUAUCCUUGGCGAAGUUUCCGAAAAUACGGUUGUUGUAACUAAUUAUAAUACCAAUGAUAAAAUAAUCGCCAUUCCAAAAAGAGAACAAACUGCAGAGGAGAUAGAAAGAACUAAACAAUUUGCUACAGAGGUGGUGGAGCUUUUAAGUCAUGCGCCACAGUGUAGGAUGUUAUUUAAUAAAUUUGUUCCGUCUUACCAUCAUCACUUUGGGCAUCAGUGUCGUGUGUCUGAUUACGGUUUCACGAAAUUGAUUGAAUUGUUUGAAGCAAUUCCCGAAAUAGUAAAUAUCGAAGAAUCUACUGGCUGUGAAAGACGUAUUUCUCUCACCGAGCGAGAAGGUCUUAGAGUACUCAGCGAACAAAUAGCCAAGCUAGUAAGCAGAACACGAGGCAAUCUGGCAGUGGCAGAUUUAGCUCAAUCAUUUUUACGUCAAUUUGGUUAUGCUCUACGCCCAGAAGUAUUUGGUUGUCAUACAGUCUUACAGCUUGUAGACAAACUUGACGGGACUAUUAAGGUAUUGCAAACACCCACCGGAUCAAUUUUGACUUCUGUAGAUAAAUCGCGAUUGCAGACUUUAGCUUUGCAAUGUCGCAGGGUAUUAAUGGAUCAGCCACAGUUCCGUCUUUCAGUUCAAGAAUUUCAGUGUUUGUUUACUCAAUAUUACUCAUCAAUGUGCGAUCUAGGAGAGCUCCAAAAGGAUCUAUCAGAUGUCGUGCGGAUUUCAACUAUUGGUGAAAAGCAGCUGAUCGAAUUAACACCGCUACAGUCAUUUGCUUGCAAUCUUCAUCGAGUAUUGAUGAAUUACGGAGGCGUUCUUAAUUUAUCUCGAUUUGAAAAUGCCUAUAUCAAAAUUGUGGGUUCAGCAUGUCAGGCUGCACAAUAUGGUUUCUCUACGCUUACUGCAUUAAUACAGGCUCUUCCUUGUACUGUAACUCUUAAGGAAACCCGGCACAGAAAAAAAACAAUUUAUUUAAACAAAAAACUAGCCGCUGUCGGUAUACCAGUUCCCUUGGAUCAUAAAUCAACUUCGCCACGUAGAAACACAGAGUCCAGCAAUGAUUCCUUUGACAGCGAUACCUCUACAAGAUUAGAUGUAUCAAAUGCAUCGCUACAAUCCGAAGAACGUAGUAGAAAAUGGGAAUCGACAUCAGUCAGCCAUCAGCACGAUUGGUCUCAUAAAGAAGUUAAUUCAUGGCCUGAAAAAAAUGAAACCCGAUGGCCAGCUAUACCAGAAUUGCCAGUAGAACAAUCUGACACUUGGCCAAAUAUGGAACAUAAUAGGGAUAGAUUUUUGAAGAACCUUGUUCGUAAGUCUCCUGGAAAUCAAGAUUCAUCGCUUCCGCCAGAUUCUCCUACCGAUGGAAAAGAUUACGGUAAUCAAAGAUUUUGGAAUUCUGCUGUAUGGGCGAGCCCACUUAAUUAUAGAUAUCCUCAGGGUGAACAAACCACGAAUGUUGUUGUGCCCGCUAUCACCCUGCCACAAUUAAAUCAAAUGGUGAUGGAUAAUAGCGCCUCAAAUUUGUUAUCUCCAACUAAAAAUCUUCUGCCGGCAUCAGCUAAUCCUCUGAAUCCACGCACUUCUCCGUAUUUCUCCAAUCAUAAUCAAGUUGUUGCACCGCAUCCUUCAGAACUACCAUUUCCCUCUUUGUCUCUGACUCCUAAAAAAAGCGCAUUAGCAGAAGUCAUUGAAUUUCAUACAAAUCCUGACUCACAAAAAAAUGUUGACGGAAGUGCAGAAGCCCACAGACCUCGAACAUGUGAAGCAGACACCUCAGGAACUAUUGGUACCGGACGAAGUACCCCUGGUAAACAACAAUCAGUAUCCGGAAAACGUCGUCUGGCCGCACAAUUUAAUCAACCUAUUAAUUCGUGAAAAUAACCAUGCGAAAACUGAAAAAUGUGUCUUCUUCUGUAACUACUAUUGUCUCGGAAUUUUGGACGUUAGUUGUGAAGUAAACUAAAGGAUUAUCCAUUGAAUGCUUUGUCGAGAUUGGGGACGAGGUAUGAAACUGUACUUAUUACGAUAUUUAUAGCCUCGUUUGCGAGAAUUUGUCACUAAUCAGAGUCUUACACUUACAUUUUCAAACCGCUAAUGAAUGUUGGUGAUGAAAAUAAAAUAAAGUAAGGGUAUAAAUAUCAUAAUCAAUGUAUCAUCGUUGAUCAAAAGUAAAAAAAUAAUAAUUGGUAAUACAACCUUCCAUACUCCGAACUAUCGAAGAAUAUACGACCAAAAUCCAAUUACAAAAUAGCCAACACCGGUCCAACGCAAUUAUUACGAAAUAUUUAUUGUAACUGUGAUAAAAAAAAAGAUAAAACAUGGUAGGCCUGUAAAUUCAACUAUGCAAAUGUGAGUUUUUAUUGCUGGAGCCAAUUUUUCAUGCUUUUUUGAAGUUCAAUAUUGGAGCGUGAAUCACAAAUGUACACACAUCAAUUUUUUCAUUGCUCAGACCUUAUUUUAAUUUACCCCUAAUUUUAUAUUAGGGACGAUUUUUUUUUUUUUUUGAAUGAAUUUAAAAGAAACAUGAAUAAUUUUACGAUCUACUGAUGCAAGGUUGAAAUGUACAUGUACAUUACUAUUGAUUACUUCGAAUCAUCACAACUUGAAGUAUUCCUUGCUGGUAAAUUUGAGUGUGUGUAUAAUUUGUAUUUCAUAUCAUCAAUGAGUCAGUAAAAAAUUGUUUAUUGAAAGUACAGCAUUAAGCUGCUUGAAUGUUGAAUCAAACAGCAAAGUACAAAUAACUUGUAUUGAAGAUAUUUUUUUACAAAAAUAAUAUUUUAUAAUCAUGGAAAUUUCGUUUUCUCAUUGUCAUAAAAAAAAUUCAAAUUCAGUUUCGAACGAACGAUUCAAAUUCUAAGAAUUUGUCAACUUGUAUAAGUUUUACAAUCUAGUCUUGUCUCCAAAACAAUUUUUUUUUCAUUCACAAGCGCAUGUAAAUUGGCCCAAGCAUAUUGGAAUCAUUAUUGGAAUUGCAGAGAAAGUCGGGGAAAAGUUUUGUUGAAAUAUUGAUUCGAUUUUGUCAGGUCUUAGAAAUACGGAACACUUACCUUAUGUACGUAUCUUGAAUACUAGCUACGUAUUUCAUCAGUCUUCAACAAACAAACUAACACUAUAUACUUGCGCAAUUAUUGGCCAUCUAUACUCGUCACAUUAUAACACAGAAAUACUUUUAUUCGAAUAUUUGUAACCAUUAUACUCUGGACCAUUAGCAAUCCAACUUCGAUUAUAUUAUUGCAAAAUCGCUAAACGGGAUUAAUUUUCAUAUGCAUAUUCAAAAAGAUAAUCGAAUACAAAUAUGAUAACGUUCAAACCAACCACGCUAGAAAAAUUAUUGAAAAAAAAUUAACUCGUAUGAUAUUGUUUAGUACGAUUUAUUGCCUAGAACGAAGAGAUAAAACGCAUUUCUAUUCAGGGAAACAUUAAUAGUGUAUAGUAGAAUAUUAUUUUAUUUAAGGCCCCACAGAUCCAUGAGAUUAUUAUUAUUAUUAAUAUUAUUGUUAUUAAUAUUAUUACCGCUAUUAUUACUACUGAAUGAGAAAUUCACGAUAAACAUCACAAAUGAUAGAAAAAAAGAAUUUCACCCAAUCAGUUUUGGUGCAAUAAUCAACAUCCCUAAUUCUUCGAAUUGUACUAAUACUAUUGUUCCUGUAAUCGAAUACGUAAUUUUUAUUGAGAAGAAGACAAAAAAGAAAAAUAAUAAUAUAGUAUCGAGGCAAUCAAAUUGAAAUCGUUUUGUAUCAAAAUGUUAUUGCGGGUAAGGGGUCAAGAGCGAAAUGAUACGGCUUGAUGUACAGAAAUAGAGUCUGCAUAAUUGUAUAAUUCAAUGUGAUUAUUAUUAUUAUUAUCAUUGUUGUUAUUAUUAUUCGUAUUAGUAUCAUUAUUAUUGUCAUUAUUAUUACCACACUAUCUAAAUUUAUGCCUUCUCAUUUUAUACUAGGCGCCUGAAAAUGAUUUUUCUAGUAAUUUAGUUAUUGCAUACAAGGAAAACUUUACUAUGGCAGAAAGCAAACUGUUUCAAUGAACCAGGGUAGCGAAUCUGUAGCGCAUGAUAUAACAUCGAUUUUAUACAUUAUGAAAUAUACACAAAUCAAUUUUUGAAAUUAUUUACACUUCAUUGAGCAACAAGAAAAAAAAACGAGGCAAUUCCGUUGCGCAGUUUUUGUCAAGAAUCAACAGAUUUUAAAAGAAAAGAAGAAUUCUGUUAAUUUAUCAUUAUUGGAUAUUCAAUUUGAUAUGUAUACGAAAUACACUAUUUUCAAGCACCAUGCCGAGAAGGAGAGAAUUCGAAAGAUUCUGAUGGAAAUUUAGAUGCACCGUAUUUGGUAUCUGAGCAUGGAGUUUAAGAUCGUGUGAAAUAUGAAAAUGUUUUUAAUUGUAUUAAUGAAUGGUUAGAGCACGAUUUUAAACUAGUCGAGUCGUAAAAAGCGAUUUGAAUCGAAAAGGCUUCCUUCUCGUUUACUUGUUGAAAGCAACAUAUUUUUUUUCUGUACAAUGAUUUUAUUGUGAUAACGAGGAGAGAAAAUUUAUUAUGUGUAAUAUAAAUAGCGAUAGCAUCCUCCCUAUACGUAUUUAAUAAUUUAAUUUGAUGAUGAAUGUGUACAAUAGAUGUAGAUGUUUUUUUAUAUACUGUACAAUGAAGUGGUAACAGUGAAUUGAAGAAUAAACUUGCUGUGAAAACUA